AGGCUUCCAGAGGGAGACAUGGUGUCUGGCCAUCCUCAUUCAUAUCUUUCCCCUUUUCAGCAAGCUCCUGUCCAGCGCUCCAAUCAUGAGGCCUGCGUUCUGCUCUUUUGUUCUGGUGCUGACCUUCUGCACUCUCUAAGCCAGCUCCCAGACGUCCUAUUACGCAGCCGAAGGAUCAAACAUCACUCUUCACUGCAAGCAUACAUAUCCCACUGACGAUUUAGACAUUACCUGGUUUGUGUGGUUGCCUUCACAAGCCUUGGUUAUUACAAGUUGGCAUUGUGGUGUUUUUUACAAACCACUGAAGGGAGGGUCCACCACAUGCCUCACAGCUUUCAGACCUCACACUGCAAAGGAGACGCUUCCAUAACCAUCAGCAACCUGCGUCUCUCAGACACGGGGACCUACACAUGCCUCUUGAGAAAUCCUGUAAUAGCCGAGAAACGGGAAAUGACAAUGAACCUGACAGUCAUGGAGAAACCAAGCGAGCCGGUAUGUGGCCUGAAAGGGGAGCCUGGUGUGACGCUCAAAUGCGGAUCCUCACAUGACACCCUCCAACUGACGUACAGCUGGACAAAGAUGAGCGGAAACAAGAUGUUGCCACCAAACGCCAGUGUGAAUGCCACAUUGGGUGACCUGUUUGUCGACAGGAUCACAGAGGACAACUGUGGAAGAUAUCUCUGUACGGUGGAAAGUCUGGUUGCUACCCAACACUGUGACGUCCUACUUGAGUGUCCACCACCAUCAGCCAUGAACGCUGCAGUUCAGCCCACAGCGCCACCAUCAGCCAUGAGCGAUGGAGUUCCAGUUCCAGUCGUGGCCGUGACGACCGUCGUGCUUGUGCUGGGUCUUGUUGGCGCUCUCGCCAUCUGGUACUGGCGCAGAAGUGAAACAGUGGAGGAGGUGCCCAUGUUGUCGAUGGAGGGGGGAGACUUGGAAACACUUCCGAUAGUGUCACGUGUUAGCAUCCUCACACUUCUGGCGAUACUGCCAAAAACAUGAAAUAAUGGAGCCAGAUUGGUUGUUUUUGAUUCAUUUAGGAUUUCUGUGUUGCUGGAAAGAGAAGACAAUCCAUCCGUCAUCUCUGUUAAAAAACCCCAAAUGAGUCUUCUACGAAACUCCCUACUUUAUAAUGGAAUUUUGCAUUUCUACUUAUUGUUUGCUAUUAAAUUUCAAGUUAUUGGAUAAUGAUUCCGCAUUUGU